AUGAUGAAGUAUGCCAAGGUCCAUUUAGAACCACCGCCAGUCAGUGCCGAGGCAGCGGCCGAGCAUUCCAGGGAGUUUAGCGACAGCUAUUUGGAGCGGCGUCUGAGGACCCGGCAUUCCAGUAAGAAAAGCGAUUCCCUAUUUACUCGAAGGGCCCUUGACUAUGACGGGAUCAAGGAUUCCCUCUUGCUUUACGACGAUCAGCAUUCUGACCCGAGGGACACUAGAGCGGUCAAAGUUCCGAGGCGACACAUGAGCGGAGCCAAGGAUUGUUUUGAAUGCGAUUCAGAAAACCCCGGUUGUGAAGUUAACUUCAAUAGAGGGAAGCAGCCAUGGUACUAUAAUAACAGCGAAGAUUCCAGGAGCAUUGCCGCGGAUAAUCUCGAAAGGCCUAAUACUAUUAAUUCGGUCAGAAUCAAACAGGUUAUCGAAAACGCCACUCACUCUAUCAAGAAUACACAGCAGGCGUGUCUGGGGAUUCGCGAACGAUUAGGUAAGUAUCAGUUCACGGGGCAGACUCCAAUGCCGGGCGCUUACACUACAGAUCAUGAAGAACAAGCGGACACCGAGCACAGCCCUAAGACAGGCCUCAGCCGGAUGACACCGGAACCAGCGGUACGGCAGGUGUCUGAGCCAAUCGAGUACCUACCAAAAGCGAUCAUAGUGCCGUUGUUGGCGAAGGCAGCUUUCUUUUUGUUAGCGCAAUGUGCGACGUCCGAAGACAUUGGUUACUCAUUUACCGGAACGUGUCAAUUGUUAAUCAGCCCGGAAAGCACAACCCUCACGCUUCCUCAACUAGACGCCCUUGUUCUACAGCUUGCCGGAAUCUGGCUAGCUACACAUUCAAUACCAGCUUUAACCAAAGCGCCGUGGAGGUUCUACCAAGUAGCGGCUCAAUACUGGAAUUCUUGCUUGAUUGGGCAGGACGUUCCUGACUUGCGCCGUGACGGCGAGUUCCGCGAACUCCUGGAACUUUGCGAGAGGCACGAAAGACUUAGCCGCCGCCUACGCCGUACGAGCUUGGUUGUUCUUUUGGUCUCACCAGUCGUCUUAACACUAGGACUACUGUUGAUCCAUAAACUCGCCUUUUUCUGGGUGACCUCGAACUCGACUGAAACUGCACACCGGCCGGUUUACUCUUCAUUGAUGGCAGUGGCAUUUUCUCCGGCUCAAUUUGUAAUCCUGAUUUGUUGCCUGUGGUCUCAGUUCUUCCAGGACGCCUUCCAACACUUGGAGCUAUAUGUUUUAGCCAAACAUGAGAGCUUCGUACAGGAUACUGAGUUCAUUGCCGACCAACUCGAUCGAACAUGUCCCUCGGACACCGCAGGAAUGGACGCUGGCACCAAACAGUCUCCGCUUUGCAACAGUCCCCCCAGGGCAGCUGUGAAGCUGGAAGCGAUCGAGAGGUCAAGCGCUACUCACCCUGAAGGAACGCUCGAGCCGCAUGCUCCCCUAGGGCCAUACGCUCUCGCAGCCUACGAGAGCCCUCUCCAGCAUAAAGAGAUCGCCGAACCCUCAUUCUCCGCCAUUCGACCUGUUUCACCUGCUGCUGUUGUGGCCCCUCCAGAACCAUUGGCUGCUACAUCUGAACCGAGUAAAGCGCAGCGGGUACUACGUUUGCCCUUCUACGUUCUAUCUUUGUACCUCAAGGUGCUACGACUCGUUUUCAAGAUCGCCAUAUAUGCUAUGCUGCUGUCAAUAUCGCUUAUAAUUGGACCUCAGAAUCGAAGAGAGCUAAGUCGACCUGAGAAGACAGUUUGA